AUGGAAAAUUUAAUUAUAAUUUUUCCAGCCUAAGUUUAAAGACACAGAAAAAAAAAAAACACAUAAACAAAUGAAUAAAUUGAAGUUAUUUGCUUUGCAUUAUAAUUUAUGGCAAAUAUAAUGGCUCAUAAAAAAAUGACAGCUCAUUUAUUAGAAAACAAGAAAAUUAUACAUUACAAAGAAGGUUUUGAUGGAAACAUAAGCAAAUAUGAUGAAUAUUUUUUAAGGAAAUUACAAGUAUAGAUGUUGUCAGAUACAACCAUUUUAUUGAUGCAAAUUUAAAUUAUUUAGCCUCAUCUAAAUAUCUUGAACUCCUGUAAAGUAAUGUUAUUAUUAUAUUCUAUAGAAAUUAGAUCCCAUUUUUAAUUAUGUACUCUCAUAAAUAAAUUAAAAUUACUAAGAUAUUAUCUUUUAUACAGAAAAUGGUUCAAUUAUGGUAAAAAAUUUGGUAUUUCUACCAGACAUAAAAAAAUUAAUUUUAAUGCAAAAAGAAAAAUUGAAUCAAUUAAUUUAGAAAAUUCACGUAAUAUAUGAUGAUAUAGAAAAAAGAAUAAUGUAAAAAAAAGAUAAAUUGCUUUCACUUUAAUAAUUAGAUGUUUUUCAAAUUGAAAUGUUUUUUAAAGAACAUUUAAUUUUAUUAAAUUAAUUCAAAAAUGAUAAUUACAUACCUGAGAUAGUAUUUUAAUAAAAAACCUAAAUUGUUUUCAUUAGAUAAUGUGAAUUUUUUAAUGAAUAAAUAUCUAUUGAUAAUGAAAAACAUAUAAAUAAAUAAAGUUUAACUUAAAUAGAACUAAAAAUAAUAAGUAAUAUUGAAAAUCCUGUUUUAAAACAAUAAUAAUAUUCAGUUAAAUUGUAUUACUUAGAAAUUAAGCUCGAUCCAAAUCAGCAAUCUCCUAAUAUUUAAAAAUAAUUAUUGGAAGGAUCUUUACUCUAAGAAUUUCAUCAAAAUUUCUCUUCUGAAGAGACAAAUAGUCAAUAAAAAAAAUAUUUUGACUAAAUGUACUUUCCUUAGGAAGACCCAAUGUAAAAAAAUGUUUUAAAAGAGCAAUUACCUUAAAUAGAAAUAUCAGUAAUUAAAAAAUUAUAUGUAUUAAAAGAUGUAAUCCUAUAUAUUCAAGAAUAACUAAAAUUGCUCUAAAAAUCUAAUUUUAAAGGAAAAUUAUCAGUUCUUUUGAUGAUUAGAUUUUGUGAUGACUUGGGAUUUAGACCUGUUUUAAUUUUACAAAAAAAAGAAAAAAAACACAUAGAUAUUGAAGAAAAUAGAAAAUUUUGCAAUAAAAUAAUCUAAAAUUUCAUUAAUUUACUUUUUUUUUAAAAUAAGAAUCGACAAAAAGUGGAACCAAUAGAUGAUAUAUGUGGUGAAUUUCUGAGAAAUCUAUAAUAUACAUAAUUAGAGCAUUUUCCAAACUAUGUAGUUAAAUUGGAAAAAUUAAUUCUUUUAAUUAAUUAAUUAUAUAGCGUAAACUUUUGA